AUGUUCGCUGGCAAGCGCUUGAGCAAAAUGAAAGAACAUCUCCCACCAGGCAUCUCGAUAGCCAAAUCUGACACCCUGGAAGAAUGGCAGAUGGACAUCAAAGUGCUCGACGACAACCCGCUCUACAAAGACCAGACCUACCGUCUCAAAUUCACCUUCGGAUCCAAGUACCCGAUCGAACCGCCAGAAGUCCAAUUCAUUGAAUCCCCCUCCACCUCCGAUACCCCCCGCCCCAUCCCCAUCCACCCGCACAUCUACAGCAACGGCAUCAUCUGCCUCGACCUCCUCAGCUCCGCCGGCUGGUCGCCCGUCCAAACAGUUGAAAGCGUCUGCAUGAGUAUCCAGAGUAUGCUGACGGCGAACUCGCGCAAUGAGCGCCCGCCCGGCGACAGCGACUUCGUCUCAUACAACAAGCGCCGGCCGCGCGAUAUCAAUUUCCUCUACGAUGACGAUAAUGUGUGA